AUGGCUCCUGGUGAGCCGGAAACCGUUUUCAAAACUCAUCACCCGGUCCUCGCCCCCCGACCGCCAGGUCAUGGUACAUCUAGCCCUAGAGCUAGGACUGCAUUGGAAGACCAACAAGGCAGCAUAGCUCAAAGGCUUGAGAGACACAAGGGAGGAAGCCGCGUGACCACUCGCGUACGAAUCGCCUGCCAGCAUUGUCGGCAGUCUAAGUUGCGGUGUGAAGGCUCAGUCGGCGGACUUCAGCCAUGCCAACGCUGCAGCGAGCUUAGGCGGCCAUGUGUAUUUGACAACAAAUUCAGGCGAGUUAGCAAGAAGGCGACUCUUAGUGAUAUUGCUGAUCAAGUCAAUAUUCUCAAAACCUUUAGUGCGCUGCCCUCUAAUGGUGCUACACUGACUGCCGUUCCUGUAUCUUCAUCACUACCACAACGAAGGACAGCAGUAAACUCAACAAGUGCCGGGAACCAGCAACUCCUAGAUGGCUGUCAGAGGCCCCUCCCGGGCGAUAGCUUAGACUCUGAUCGACUUCGGGAGAGAGAACGCUCUCAUAGUAACGCCACCGCCUCUGAUCAUGGCAAACUAUCAGCACAGCCCACACAUGGACCCUUGAGCUCACGAAGCCUUGAGUCUAUCGAACUUACCCCAGAUGAAAUUGAAUUUUACACCUCCUAUCACCCAAUCUUCCCCAUCCUCUCGUUCUCUGUCUCACCAGAUUCCAUCUACGACUCCUCGCCACUACUCUUCUGGACUAUUAUCGUCACAGCCGCCCGCCAUGACGCUGCAGACUUUUCACUAUUGCUGUCCCUCUUACCCGCCGUCAGAAGGCUGCUCUGGUCCACAAUCCCAGCCACCCCCCAUACGCUGCCGUCGCUGCAAGCCAUGGCAAUACUCUGUCUCUGGGCUUUCCCUGUGUCUACUAUGCCCGAGGACACUACUUUCGUAUUGUCGGGGAUCCUUCAAUCGGCAGCAAUGCAUGUCGGGCUUCAUCGACCUGAUAUUCUCGAACUGUAUUCCAGAACCCGGUCAACACUCGGCAGACCAGAGUUUUUACGGGCUGUUCGGUGUUGGUGCUCCAUCUAUCUCGCCAUCGAAGGUGCAUCGAUAGGCAAUGGCCACCUGCCCGCCCUUGCAAAUGAUCAUACCGUCGAGAAAGCCUCAAUCGGCUCGAAUCCCUAUGAGCUGCCGGAGUCGCUGCACAUGGCCAUUGUAACCCAGCUGUUCUGCGACAAGAUACACGUAGCAUUUGGAAACAUUAGCACUUACAAAAUCUCUUUAAUUAACGACCAUGAACCCGAAUUGAGGGAGCUCGAGACCAGGCUGGGUGGUUUCCAAUCUCGGUCGGCAUCAAUUCAUUUUCUCUCGGCAACUUUUCAGCUCAAGUCGUAUUCUUUAUUUGACGAUGAAGAUUCAGUUGACCGGCGGCUUGCUGUCUUGAGAGCGUUUGACUUGGGUGUUCAAUAUAUUGAUACGCUUCGACAAGGAGAGAAAGAUGGCUUUCCACUACGCUACGCUCCAUUCAUGACUCUGAGGGUCUGUCUUUCUGCGGCCGUCUUCAUAUCAAAAGUACUGCACUCCAGUUACGGCCAGUUUGUCGAUCAAAGGGUGGGCAAGGCCGCCUUUAGCGCGUGCAUACCGUUCUUCAAGCAAUCCUCGGUGGAGGAUAACGACAUGGCUGGCCGCACCACGACAAUCUUGUCACAGUUGUGGGUGAUACACAAAGAUCUCUUCGAUGAUUCGCCGGACACACCGCCGCGUCUCUCAGUCAAGUCACGCUCCUUUGCUAGCAUUGCCCACGACGGACUCUGGCAGUGGCGAGAGAGGUACGCGGGUACACCCAGCAACGGGGCGCCUAGUAUCCCGCCACCCCUUAUUUCUCCCGUCUCAAUGGCAGUAGAGAAUUCGCCACCUCCUGUAGGACGUCCAGAGACAUCCCCAACCGGAAAUGUCGAGGAAUCGCAUUUCAGUAACUUGACUGGACAGGGUGAGGGCGGCUUCACGGAUAUAAAUCCCAUAUAUACAGACAGCCAGCAGCAGGACACGAUCCAGUAUCAGGAGCUCUCGCCUGGCCUAUCUCUUGUAGGCGAACCUACGCUUGGAUCGUGGCCUCACAUGUCUGGAAAUGAUGACGCACUGGCGGGCAUUGAUUUUGUCGACCAAGAUGCCAUGCAGUUUGAUUUGUUAUUUCCAAGUUAUAUCAUGGACUCAAACCCAUCUAUUGAGUAA